UCGUCUUCAUUCUCUUCUGCACUACAAAACAGCGCCCAACUGUCGAAAAGCGUUCCGUUGGAGGGGAGAGAGCUGUGGACAGGAAGGCACAAGCGUGUGAGCUCCUCUGGACGGCGGGGGCCCGAAAUAUACUCUUCACAUGUCAGUAUGUGUGAAGGAAACGCAUGCUGGAGGCCUGAACAAGCCCUGCACACCUUAAUGAAGUCCAGGAUUUCAGUUACUUCAAUUCACAUGGAAAAAUACAGUAAUCCAUCCGUGAUCAACAGCCACUUGGCCAGUGCAGGGUCGCGGUGGGCUGGAGCCUAUCCCAGAAUCAUACACCGGAUACACACCUGUUUUCACACCUGGGCGCGUCGGCUGCUCGCGCUGCGCAGAGCUGCGUCCGACUGCGGCGACUGCGCACCUGACGGCGGAGCCCGCGCCUCCACUUUGGCGCCGUUCGCGAGCGCGACUCACAGGAGUUAUUUUUGCCCGGAGAAACGUGGAGGGAGGAAGGUCUGCAAAUUGUCCAGACGAGGAUGGAUUCCUCGUCAAAGUACUGCAACGCCCUCGUGAUCCUCUUCACCCUGCUUGACCCCAUGUGGCUCUUGAACUCUGGCGACCCCAAUGUGUGCAGCCAGUGGGAGAGCUACACGACCUCGGUGAAGGAGUCCUACGCCCACCCAUUCGAUCAGGUUCUCAGCGAGCCCUGUGCUCAGACCUUCAGUGUGUAUCCAUGCCCCCGGCACAGGGUUGUGUACCGGACCGCCUACCGGCAGGCGGUGCGAGUGGCUUACCGCAAGAGGUACCAUUGCUGCCCUGGAUACUACGAGAGCCGAGACGCAUGUGUCCCCCGCUGUACGAAGGAGUGUGUGCACGGGCGAUGCCUUGCUCCAGACCGGUGCCAGUGUGAGGAGGGCUGGCGGGGGGAGGACUGCUCCAGUGCCUGCGACGAGAAGCACUGGGGUACUGGCUGCCGACAGUCCUGCAGGUGUGAGCACGGCGGGCGCUGUGAUGCUCUGACGGGGUCCUGCCGCUGUCGCCCCGGGUUCCGGGGACCCGACUGCAAGCAGCCAUGCUCCUCGGGGACCUUCGGCCAGAACUGCCUGCAGAAGUGCCUGUGCGGAACUGGGGGGUCCUGUGAUCCAGAGACGGGGGAGUGUCACUGCAAGGAGGGCUUCAUAGGAGUGCUCUGUGACCAGGCAUGUCGGAGGGACCGCUGCCGCAAGAUAUGCCCCUGCCAGAACGGCGGCUCCUGCCAAGGGGAUGGGGGCUGCCUUUGCCCCCCAGGCUGGACAGGCACUGUGUGCACCGAGCGCUGUCCCGAGGGCCGCUUCGGAGUCGGCUGCGCUCGUGAAUGUGUGUGUCACAACGGGGGGCGCUGUCACCCUGAGACGGGCAGCUGCCGCUGUUCUUCAGGCUUCACCGGGGACAGGUGCAGUGAGGAGUGUGAUGUGGGCAGCUAUGGGCAGGACUGCAAGGGUGUGUGUGACUGUGCCAAUGGGGCACGCUGCUACAAUAUCCACGGGGGCUGCCUGUGUGAGCCAGGUUUCCACGGGCCCCAGUGCGCUGACAGGAUGUGUCCGGAGCGCCUCUACGGCCUGCGCUGCGACAAGCCCUGCCUCUGCAACUUCACACACACCCUCAGCUGCCACCCGAUGAAGGGCGAGUGCACGUGUCGGCCUGGAUGGGCGGGGCUUUUCUGCAACGAGACCUGUCCUCACGGCUACUACGGCCAGGGCUGCCUGGAGCCCUGUCUCUGCCUAAAUGGAGGCGUGUGUGAUGCUGUCAGUGGGCGCUGCCACUGCGCCCCGGGGUACGCGGGGGCGCACUGUGAAAGCCACUGUGAGCAAGGCUUCCAUGGCAAGAACUGCUCGCUGAGAUGCUCCUGUGCAAAUGCCUUGGCCUGCUCACCUGUGGACGGCAGCUGCUGGUGCAAAGAGGGCUGGACGGGUUCAGACUGCUCAGCUCCAUGUCCCAGCGGAUCAUGGGGGUUGCGCUGCAAUCGGACCUGCCAGUGCGCCAACGGGGCGUCCUGCAGUCCUGUCAACGGCAUGUGUAGCUGCCCUCCAGGCUGGCAGGGGGCACUGUGCAAACAGCUUUGCCCAGGGGGCACCUAUGGGCCGGGCUGCCUGCGGAAGUGUGAGUGCAUCAAUGCGGAGGGCUGCGACGGGCACAGCGGGCACUGCCACUGCCUGCCGGGGUGGACGGGCCCCCGCUGCACCCAGCCCUGCCCCCGGGGCUCCUGGGGCCGGAACUGCAACCAGAAUUGCUCCUGUCUCAACGGCGCCACCUGCCUGGCACACAAUGGGGCUUGUGUGUGUGGCCCUGGAUACUGGGGCCCCCAGUGUCAGUACAUGUGUACCCCUGGUACCUAUGGUGCUCUGUGUAGCGCCCCCUGCCCACUGUGCGCCAAUUCUGCACCCUGCGACCACAUCACGGGACAGUGUCGCUGUGACCCUGGGUACACUGGGCCGCUAUGUGACCAAGCAUGCACUGCAGGACGUUAUGGCCCGCAGUGCGCCCAAGUGUGUCGCUGUGCCAGCAACGCCACAUGCCACCAUCGGGAUGGGUCCUGCCACUGCGCCCCUGGCUGGAUGGGCUCUGACUGCUCCCUGCGCUGCCCUCCAGGAUUCUAUGGGCCCAACUGUGGGCUGCGGUGCCAGUGCGAGUCGCCCUGCAAUCACAUAACUGGAGUGUGUGUGUGCCCCCCCGGGCUCACCGGCCCCCACUGCCAGACCGAAAAGGGGAGCAGCGAGAUUGUGCCUCUGCCCCCGGAGGAGCGGGUCUCGUGGGGGGCUGUCACUGGCAUCGUAGCCCUCGUGGCUCUUGUGGUCGUGCUGCUGGCACUACUGCUGGUCUACCGGCGGCGACAGAAGGACAAGCAGAGCCGCACCCCCGCCGUUGCCUACUCCUCCACGCACACCGUCAGCUCAGAGUACGCCGUGCCAGACGUUCCCGCUGGCUACCACCACUACUACUCGAAUCCGAGCUACCACACGCUGUCGCAGAACCGGCCUCCAUUGCCCCAUGUGCCCAACAACCAGGACUUCUCCGUCAGCUAUGUCAAGAACACCAACAAACAGCUCUUCUGUAACGUGAAGAAUGUGGAGAAGGAGCGACUGGGGCUUUUUGGGGGGGAAGCCGUUGCCACGCUGCCUGCCGACUGGAAGCACCACGAGGCCUCAACACGCAAGGCUCAAGGUGCUUUUGGGAUCGACCGCAGCUACAGCUACAGCCCCAGCCUGGGCAAAUACUACGAGAAAGAGCUGUGUGAGGACUCUGCUAUGGCGGCAAGCAGCAGCUCCCUGAACAGUGAGAAUGUGUACGCCACCAUCAAGGACCCCCCCACGCCGCCACCCACAAUGCCGCCACCACCCAUCCCUGUGGAGAGCAACUACAUGGAGAUGGCGUCACCCUCCUGCAGGGGCAGGUCCUACACUCAUGAUGGGCCCCGGCCACCCAGCUCCUCCCUCAGGGAACAAGGACCAUCGCAGAGUCACUACGACCUCCCUGUCAACAGUCACAUCCCAGGACAUUACGACCUCCCUCCCGUCCGCCGUGCCCCCUCCCCUCCCCACCUUCCAUGCUGACACCACUGCUGAUCCUGCUCACGGAUGGGGCGGCAAGAAGAGGCACAACGCAGCGGUGGAAACGCCCCACCACCUAGUGGAUGGCAGCAGAAGCAUUGUUCACAUCUCCAAUCCUUCACUUCCCUUUGCUCACUUUCCCCAAUUUCGUGGGCAAAUAUUUCCUAGAGAUCGGAGGUGCGUGUCCCCUUCCCCAUCCCAGGGAUUGGUGUGACUCGUGGAAAUUAGACUGAGGCCACUGCAAAGUAGCUCAAGUGGUGACUCAAAUCUGCUCCACGUACUUACUUUGUUUUGUUUACAGGGAUUUUACAACCAUUGGGAAGGAGGUUUAGGCAGGUAGGCAGCAAUGAACUGAUGAUGAUGAUGAACUGGUUUUGGGCCAUUGGUGAGUGUGCACCUACUUUCCCCCAGCAGUUUGGUCAGACAGUAGUGGAGAGCCCCCUGACGCUCAGCUGUGUUGCCUCUGCUGUGGUACAACCCCGGGCUAAACUCAGGUACUCCGAAGCCAGUGAUGUUGAGGGAUCCUCAGUUGGUACUCUGGGAUGCCCUCGCUCCUACUGGAGCUUUUCCCCAGUGCUGCCACGGAUGCAGGAUGUUUGAGCUGCCAGCCAAAGACCAUAGUAGCAUUUGAUGUCGUUGUCAUGGGAACUUUUUUAAAUGUGCUUUUUUACAAUAAGUAAAGAUUAUCUUCAUACCAUCUGCAAUACUACAUUUAAUACCUAUACAACCACCAACUCUGAAUCAAGGAAAGAGCAAAAUGUGGGUUUGUGGAGUUAUUUAUUUAAAAAUCAUGGUUAAAGCGGCUUUCACAGAAAUUUCUGAAACUGGGUUUUCCAAAAAA